ACGAUACGAUCUCUGCGAUGCAGCCCCGCUGAAGCUCACCAAGUUAGGAUUAGUGAAAUACGCGAGGACGUGCUCCUCGGACAACUCAGGCAACUCGUGGUGUGGAUGCGGAAUGCAAUGAUGUCGGAACAUAGGCGAUGUCGCGCGUUAAAACACCUAGAUUUUGAAUGGGCGGUAGAAUUAAAUCGCUAUAGCCUGGAAUUUAUCGGACUUUGGCCAAAAAUGAAAGAAACGACGCAAGAAAAAUUCAUGUCUAACAUACGAGUGCUACUGUUAAUAAUUAUGGUAUCUUUUUUUGGUGUGAUUCCCUGCAUACAUUCUUUGAUAAGAGUUUGGGGCGAUUUGAUGUCGAUGACAGACAAUUUACAAUUCACUUUACCUUUAGCGUCGAUGAUAAUGAAGCUCAUCGUCAUGUGGAGCAAAAAAGCUGCUCUUGCGCCACUCUUGUACAUGAUUGCUAAAGAUUGGCUAAAAUCGAAGUCCGACGAAGAACGGAAGAUCAUGAUAAGAUGCGCACGGAUCCCUCGCAUGAUCAUAAUCUGCGGAUUUGUCAUAAUGUUUGCGUCGUUUAUUUUAUUAUUUAUUCUUCCGUGCUUCGGGAUUACCAUGCGAUACAUAACGAACGUGACCGAUCCGGGCAAACCAUUGCCCCUGCAGACAUAUUACUUUUAUGACACAGAUACAAGUCCAUACUUUGAACUCACAUUCGUCGCACAAGGUGUUACUCUCAUGGUGUCUGCCAUGGGUUAUACGGCGAUUGAUAGUCUCUUUGGAUUGCUGAUUUUUCAUGUCUGCGGUCAAUUGAAGAAUCUUAAGGGCCGUUUAAUGAUAGGUUCUGAAAAACAAUCAAAUUUCGAUCAUGUUUUAGCAGACGCCAUAAUGGAUCAUGUACGCCUUAUCAGAUGCGUUAAAAUCAUUGAAAGUACAUUUACUUUGAUGCUUCUUGGAUUAUUCCUCUAUUUUGGUACAUUAUUUAGUCUAUAUGGAUUUUUACUAGUUACCGAAUACCUUAUUUUAUAUAAAAAUUUGUUAGAUUUCAUGUGGGCAAUUGAACUUCAUCGCUUAGGUUUGGAAAUGAUUGGAUUGUGGUCUAACACCGAAAAAUUUAAGAAAAGUUUGUGGCCAAAAAUUCGAGUCGGCGUUAUUUUAAUUUUAUUAAUAUUCAUUUCUAUUCCGACGAUAUGUGCAGUUAUGCGUGUUUGGGGCGAUAUGGUACUUCUAAUAGACAAUUUACAGAUUACAAUACCCAUACUGAUAGUAUCUGUGAAAUAUGUUAUCUUGCGAUGGAAACAAACAGUUCUCUGGUCAAUUAUGAAUAUGAUAGCGGAAGACUGGAUGGCAUUUAAACUGGAUGGAGAAAGAAAUGUGAUGAUAAAACGAGCACAAAUAGCGCGUUUUAUUAUGAUAAUUGGAUAUGUUCUCGCGAUAAUAGGGUUUCUCUCAGUAAUUGUCCCUCCUUAUUUCGGCAUUCAAAUAAUGUACGCCAAAAAUUUCUCGAAUCGCAGCAAGUUGUUACCGCUGGAGACGUUUCAUUUCUACGAUACAGAUAAGAGUCCGCAGUAUGAAUUGACAUUUUUCAUUCAUAUUAUAACAACCUUAUUAGCAGCUAUUAUUUACAUGUCUAUAGAUAUGCUUUUGAUACUAAUAAUUCUUCACAUUUGCGGUCAGUUAGAAAACUUCAAAUAUCGAUUACUUAGUUUGGUUUCGUAUAAAAAUUUCAACAAAGUUUUAAAUAAUGUUAUAGCGACUCAUCUACGACUUAUCAGAUUUGCCGAAAAAAUUGAAAAUAUAUAUUCUUUAAUGAUGCUAAUAAUGGUACUUUAUUUUGGUAUUGUAUUUUGCCUAAGCGGUUUUAUAUUUACUGUCUUUCUUACUAAUAAAAAAAUGGAUGAUGUUGUUGUCACAAAAGUUUACUAUUCAACAGUCCUUGUUAUUGCUUUAUUGAUGAAUACUUUUCUGUAUUGUGGUGCAGGAGAGCUUAUAAUAGAGCAUGUAUUAAAAACAUCGUCUGGUUAUAUAUCAUUUUUAGUGACAAAACAUGGUUGA